AUGUCACGUUUCAAUGAUAGUUUAGACGAAUGCUUGAUUAAGCUAUACGAUUACUCCUCGAAUUUCAAUAUAAGUAUUGAGUUAAUUCAAAAAUUAGCACAACAUUUGAAGUUAGAUACAUUUGUUGAUAAAGAUGCAUAUUCACAUAUUUUUGAGCCCACUAAGAGCUCUAAUAAAAUCAAAUUUCAACGGCUAUCAAUAGCGGGAUCGUUCAUUUUAAUAGAUAUAGAUUUUACUGAAAAAAACAAGAUUAUAAAUGUGUCAUUGUCGUUAGCAAAUCAUAAUGACGAUGGUAGCGGGAAUACACCCAGUUUUGAUUUAAAGGAUCAUAUAAAGAUUGAAGAGAAAGACGAAAAAGGGAAUAUUUUGGUGAAGAUUGACUCCACGGAAAACAGAUUAUCAUUUUUAACUAAAGGCAACCAUGAAACAGAAGCAUCCGCUGAAAACAUUUUACUUUCGAGUCUACAGGAAGAAAAAUUGAGCAAGUUCCCUUUCAAUUUGAAAUUUCUAGCUACUUUGGAUAAAUUGUCAUCCGCUGAUGAAGAUUUAUUUCUGUAUUUAGAUAAGACGGCGUUGAUCUUGAAAACCGCGUACUUGCUUGAAACUAAAUACAACCAUGAUUGGUUGUAUACCGAUGGUCUUUAUACCAGUAUUGGCAAAAUUUCAACAAACGAUCCGGCUAAUUCACAAUUGGGCGUGUUUAUUGAUUUUUGGAAGGAUUUUAGAUACAUCAACCACGAGUAUAUGUCUUCUGGCUCACACAAGCUCAUCCUUGGUAAUAGUUACAAAGGUUUAUUAAAUAUUAAGGCAUCCGAUUCAACCCAGAAUGAUUACCUAAUUCAAAGUAAAGACAGCGUCUGGAGACUAAUUAGUAAAGACGGAGUAAAAGAAAGUUACAAACUUGCGUUCAAUGAUGAUACACAAUCCAAAGCGCUUUCUACAACAGCAUCAUCGAUUAAAAGCUCGAACAAAAACAAUUCAAACUGGAUACUUUCAUUGGACCUAAAUUAUCCAGUUUAUGUACAUUUACAGGCCCUUGAAUUCCUUGGAAUGACUAACUAUAAAAUGACUGAUGAGAAGACGACUGACUCCGACCUAUUCGGUAAGUUGAAUGAUAGUAAUGAAUACAAUUAUAAUUCAAGUGUAAAUAAAGAUUCUCCUUCAAAAUUGCGUAUAGUGCAACAUGCUUCACAAGAGUACAUUCCGAUUUCUUCAAUAUCGCUUAAUUCUUUGAUAGACUUGAGCCAGUUGAUUCCGGUUUUACGUAAUUAUAUCGUGCUUGCCAAUUUACUCCGUACUUUGAUCAAGGAAACAGCUCAUAAUCCUUCCAUAUUUGUUGGAGUAAAUGGGGCCUUAAACAGGAGUGGUGAAAUGUCUACAGAGACCAAGAAUAGAUUAAAAGCAUCGCUUAAAUUACCUGAUGAUGUAACCGAUGAAGAAUUGAUGGGAUUAAGUGCUGUAACAGAAAAUAGUGCAUUUUCAACCGCACAAAUAAAUAAGCCUAAUAUUGUUGAUUUGAAUUCUUUUAUAAAAGGUGGUUUAUCAGAAGCAGAAAGACCACUGACAUCUACUGAAGAUCUGUACAUUCAGUUUUCGCUAGACGAUAUUGAUUAUUCUUCUCCUAAUUAUGAUUUAUUAAUAUCAAUGGAUGGGUUAUUGGUAAACUCAAAAGGUGAUCUCGUUGACUUUGAAGUUAAAUUCAAAAUACUGAAUGGUGUUGUGUCUGAAAUUAAAGCCGAAGAUAAAGAAGAUGUUGACAUGGACGUAGAUAAUGAGCAGAUGAAUAAAAAUGAAAAGUUCGUUCAAGGAUUAAAUUUCACUGAGGAUAUCAUUAAAGUAUUACAAUACGUUUAUUUAGAUUAG